CUUCAAACUUCCUAAAUUCAGUUUUCAUGAAGGAACAGAAAAUUGCGUCGUCUUCGAGAUGGAGUCUGUCUGGCUGAGCGCGCGUCUGAUAAAGGCAGUGCUGAUGAUGUGCAUAUGCGCGCUGCCGUUAUGGGGUGAGCAGGGCAGCGGGCGCGUUGACCCGUUGACCCUGAGCCGCGUGGACGCGCAGUGCUGGGAUUCUUCAUCGGCUCUGCUGCUGGAGAUGCGCUCACCGCGGAUUACCGACACCGUGCCCGCCUUCUGGGAUCUGAUGAUCGUUCUCAAGUCGUCUGAUAACCGUAAACACAGCGCGCUGUUCUGGGACCUGGCGCAGGUGUUCUGGGACAUCUAUGUGGAGUGCGUUCUGUCCCGGAACCACGGGCUGGGUCGGCGCCGUACAACAUAUCCACAACAGCGCAUCACAGCCACGCGCCACACGAAAGACGAGUCGUUUGUGCAGGAGACCCGGGGUCUUGAGUUUAGUCGUGGCUGGUUGCGCAUACAGGUGGAAGCGCGCAAAACGCAGCAGGGCAGCCUCUCCAAAACCAGCAGCCUUUAACCAUCGUGCAAAGAUCUUUCUAUGUGUAAUAAAAUGAAUUAUGACAGCAUGUGCUGACCAGUUGAGUCAUUGUGCAUUCUGACAAAUUGCUUUACUCAUUUCUUGAGAAAAUUAUGAAUCAGAACGUAAAUCUUUUUGAUAGUCCGUUUCAUGUACUUACGCACCCGCCAAUAUUCUCACUUUAUGGUGUUCGUGUCUUUAACACUUGAAUUACAUUCCAACUAGUAAAAAUCACAUUAUUUAAUUGCAGAGAUCUCUAACGGAUGUUUU